AUGGGCACCUCAACAGCAGCAGAGAAUCAUUACCAAAGAUCAAGAAGGGGCUCUGAUCCCAAGAUUCUCCCGACAAAGUUCGUCUCCGACACGGCGCUGUUGAUACUCGCAUUGGAGGAGGUGCUAGGAGACAAGACACGCUUCGACAUUCAAGUCUGUAGCAACGCCUACAGCAUAAGCAGCACGACUGAUCAAGAUAUAGACAUGGUCCUCUUCACGACGGAAGAGCGCGUUGAGGAGUCCAAAGCAAUCACAUAG